CAUGAAAUUUCAAAAAUUUUGGGACAAUUAAUUUAAAACAAGAUUUGUUUGAAUUUAUUUUUAAGUAACCAUAACUACAUGCAAUCACUUUGCCACAGGAUCAUGAAGAGUUGAGAAAAAACAUAUAUGAAAUGACAGCGACGCUUUUAGCUUGUGGUAUUGAUCCUCAGAAAAGUAUUAUUUUUCAACAAUCAACUGUAUCGAGACACACAGAACUAGCUUGGACUUUGGGAUGCAUGUUAACAAUGAAAAAACUUGCUCUUUUGCCACAAUUUAAAGAGAAAAGCGAAACAUUAAAAAAUAUACCAGUGGGUUUAUAUAUUUAUCCUGUUCUGCAGUCAGCAGAUAUUUUACUCUACAAAGCUACAGAUGUACCUGUUGGGAAAGAUCAAUUACAACAUCUUCAUUUAGCUCAACAUUUAGUUCAUUUUUUUAAUGGGAAGUAUGGAGAUACAUUUCCUGUGCCUAAUCCAUUAAUAAAUGAGUCAAGUGGAAGUGUUAAGUCAUUGAAAGAUCCUUCAAAAAAAAUGUCAAAAUCGAAUAAUGAAAAAAAAAGCCUUAUUAGAUUAAUUGAUGAACCAGAAAUAAUUAAGAAAACAAUAAAAAAAGCGGUUACAGAUUUUACAUCAGAAAUCACUUAUGAGCCUUCCUCACGACCCGGUGUUUCAAAUUUAGUAAUGAUUCAUUCACGAAUGUUAGAGAAAUCACCGGAAGUGAUUUGUAAAGAAGCUCAAGGAUUGAAUACAGUCCAAUACAAAUCACUAGUCACUGAUGUAAUAAUUGAAAAAUUAACACCUAUACGUCAAGAAUAUAUGCGAUUGAUGAGUGCACCUGACUAUGUAAAUAGUGUUUUAAAAAAUGGAUCAUUAAGAGCAUUGCCAUUAGCUGAUCAAUGCUGGCUUGAGGUUCGUGAAAAAGUUGGGUUUUCUGGAGGAAUGUUAAGAUAA